AGAAGGUGCUGAGUAGCUUUUUAAAGCAGUAGACUGCAUCCAUGGGAUGCGCAAAGAUGUCACAAAUAUGGCUGUUGAGUUGUUUUAUGAUACUAACUGGACUGCAGUCAACACAACAAACAGAAAUGAUGACAACGACAAUGAUACCAGGAUAUUUGCAAACAGAAGUGCACAUGAUGUCCAAUAAUGCCAAAAGUACCGCUCAUAAUGGACAGGUCUGCAGUACUUGGGGAAACUUCCACUUCUCCACAUUUGAUGGUGAUUUCUACCAGCUGCCCUAUGCCUGUAACUACAUACUUACCACCGUGUGUGACAGCAGGCAGUCUGACUUUAACAUUCAAAUGAGGAGGGAAUUCAUUAAUGGCGUUCCUGUAAUUAGGUCUUUUAACGUGAAGCUGGAAGGGAUAUCAAUUAUACUUAAUCAAGGCAACAUUACCAUAGACAAUGGAGUAUUGACCAUCCCAGGCUACUAUAAUGGAAUUCGGAUUGAGAAAAUGACCAAUUACAUUAAAAUCAGCUCCAAGAUUGGAUUGACAGUGUUUUGGGAUGAAGACAACUCUUUCUCGAUUGAGAUAUCCAAAGACUUUAUGAAUACAACAUGUGGACUCUGCGGGGACUUCAAUGGCAUCAUGCAGAACGAGUUCACUGAACAUGGUCAAAAAUUAACUCCUGAAGAAUUUGCCCUUAAAUGGAAGAUGGAUGCCCCCACUGAAACAUGUUUGCAGACUCAGGUCAAUUCUCACAAACCGUGCCAGAACCAGACAGACCUAUGUCAAAAACUGCUUUACCAUCCUGCAUUCAAAAGUUGCCAUGACUUGUUGCCCACAUACGUGUAUUCAAGUGCGUGUGCUAAAGACCUGUGUCAGUGCAACAGCAGCCACGAUGUUUGCCUAUGCGACACAUUAUCGGAAUUCUCACGUCAGUGUGCGCAUGCCGGAGGAACACCAGAGAACUGGAGAUCCAACGAUUUCUGUGGAAUAACAUGUCCAUCAAGCAUGAUGCACAGCGAGUGUGGGAAUCCGUGUAAAGACACCUGCUCUAACCAGGAGGGGAGUCAGAUCUGUGCCGAUCACUGUGUAGACGGAUGCGUCUGUCCACCUGGAACUGUGCUAGAUGAUAUUGCACAAACUGGCUGCAUCUUUGUGGAUGAAUGUCCCUGCACCCACAAUGGCAAAAUCUACCAAAAAGGAGAAACAUUGAAAAAGACUUGUCAAAAAUGUGUCUGUUCACAAGGGCGGUGGAAUUGCCAUAAUCUGGACUGCCCUGGCACCUGUGCCUUGUUGGGAGGCUCUCACGUCAUCACAUACGAUGGAAAAGCUUACAGCUUCCAAGGAAACUGUGAUUAUGUUCUUUCAAAGGAUAACACUAGUGAUGUGACCGUACUGGUGCACCUGGCAAAAUGUGGUAUGGCAGAAGGGGAAACGUGUCUUACAUCUGUGAAAUUCAUUGUCUCGUCAUACUCUGUUACAGUUUCAUCCACUGGCACCGUACUUGUAAACAAUGUUGAAUACAAGCUUCCAAUUAUUACUGAUCAAGUGCAAAUCCUCAAGCCUUCUACAUUCUUCAUUAUUGCACAGACGUCUAGUCUUAAGAUCGUCAUCCAGCUUGUUCCCAUUAUGCAGGUGUACCUAGAGGCCAGCACACAACAAAAAGGAAAGCUCAGCGGUCUGUGUGGAAACUUUAAUGAUAUGCAGGCAGAUGAUUUUAAGACAGAAUCAGGUCUCACAGAGGGGACAGCCACAACAUUCGCCAGCACGUGCAAAACCACGCUUUGUCAAGAUUUCAGUCCUAGUCUCUAUGACCCCUGUAGUAUGAGUUUGGAAAAAGAGAAAUACGCCAAGGAGUGGUGUACGAAGCUCAGCGAUCCAGAAGGAGUUUUUUCUCCCUGUCAUUUAGAGAUCAACCCGAAGGAUUACGUUCAGAGAUGCAUAUACGAUGCAUGCAUCUGUGAAAACAGUGAGGAGUGCAUGUGUGCUGCUGUGUCUUCCUAUGUUCAUGCAUGUGCUGUCAGAGGUGUAAAGAUGAAUGGCUGGAGAGAUAGUGGUAUUUGUGACGCAUACGCAAAGAAUUGUCCAGGCAAUAUGAAGUACUCCUAUAUCCAGACCGGAUGUAGGACGUCGUGCCGUUCUCUUGACGAGACCUGUUCUUUGCCCCAUGCACAUGUGGAUGGUUGUGGUUGUCCCGAGAACACUUACCUCAAUGAAAUGAAUGAAUGCGUGCCUGCCUCUGAAUGCCAUUGCUAUGUCGAUGGUGAGGUCAUGGCUCCCAUGCAGGUCAUCAGCAAGGCUGGAAGUACAUGCACUUGCAGAAAUGGCAAAAUGCACUGCACAGGACAUGAGGAAAUUACUACCUGCACAGCACCUUUCGUCUAUUUCAACUGUUCGCAUGCUAAACCUGGACAAAAAGGAACAGAGUGUCAGAAUAGCUGCCAGACCUCGGACUCAAAUCAGUGUACAAGCACACAGUGUAAAUCAGGGUGUGUGUGUCCUGAGGGUCUACUGGCUGAUGGACAUGGAGGAUGUGUGCAAGAAGAAAACUGUCAUUGUGUUCAUAAUGGAGUGUUUUACCAAGCUGGAAAAACUAUAAAGGCAGACUGCAACAACUGCACUUGUAUAAACAGAAAGUGGAUCUGCACAGAAAAUGAAUGUCCCAGAAUGUGUACUAUUUAUGGUGACAGUCAUUACAUUAGUUUUGAUGGUAGAAGAUAUGCUUUCAACGGCAACUGUGAAUACAUCUUGGCCCAGGACUACUGCAACAGCAACAGCAACAGUGGUACGUUCCGUGUUAUCACAGAGAAUAUACCCUGCGGCACCACUGGAACUACCUGCUCCAAAGCUAUUAAAAUCUAUUUAGGGAAUAAACAGUUGCUGCUGUCUGAGGAGAAUAUAAAAUCUUUGAAUUACGACAACGGCACAGAGAUCCAUUAUAAAAUACAUUCUGUGGGGAUAUACUUGGUUAUUGAGGCUGAAAACAGUCUCACCCUCUUUUGGGAUAAGAAGACAAGUCUAAUGGUCAAACUCGGCCCCUCGUUUCAGGGCAAAGUAUGUGGACUUUGUGGCAAUUAUGACGGAGACUGGAAUAAUGAUUUUAUGACUCGUGGUGGAGAGGAAGUGGCUAAGCCAGAUGAAUUUGGAAACAGCUGGAAAGUUUCUGCUACAUGUCCUGAAGCCAGUAAUAUCCUCAACUCCUGUGAUAUGAGACCUUACCGGCAGGCCUGGGCCAUUAAACAAUGCAGCAUUCUCAAGAAUGAUGUCUUUAGCAAAUGUCACUCAGUAGUGGAUCCAACUCAAUAUUACGAUGCUUGUGUGCAAGACACAUGUGCCUGUGAUUCUGGUGGAGACUGUGAGUGUUUCUGCACUGCUGUGGCAGCCUAUGCUUCAGCAUGUAGUGCUCAAGGAGUCUGUAUAUUGUGGAGGAGUCCAAACAUUUGCCCAUUGUUCUGUGACUACUAUAACACAAAUGAAGGCUGUGAGUGGCACUACAAACCCUGUGGACAAUCUUGCAUGAAAACCUGCAAGAAUCCCUCAGGAGUCUGCUACAGUAAAAUUCCUCCAUUUGAGGGAUGUUUUCCCCAGUGCCCUUCAGACAGGCCAUACCUGGAGGAGUCAACAAUGAAGUGUGUAAAAAUAGAGGACUGUGGCUGCUAUGAUGACGAAACUAAUAUACAUUACAGUGUGGGAGAUAUAAUUCCUACAACAAAGAACUGCAUGAAAUGCUUUUGUGAUGUGCAAGGUCCUUCUUGUCACUACAGAAAAACAGAUUGCUACUGUGAGUAUAAAGGGCAAAAAUAUGAGACUGGAAAGAUAAUAUACCACACAACAGAUGGAGAUGGAGCAUGUUUCACUGCUAUAUGUGGGGAAAAUGGAACAAUUGUCAGGAACCAUGACAACUCAUGUGAUAUUUCUACAACAACUGUUACAAUUUUCACUUUCACAUCAACCAUAACUACUGGAGUUCCUCCAACUACAACAGAAAUACAAACUACAACAGAAACAGUUUCUACAACAGAAACGACCACAGUAACACCUGUUCCAACAACAACACCAAUCCCAUCUAGUACAGUAACUACUGGAAUUUCUCCAACUACAACAGAAACAGUUUCUACAGCAGAAACGACCUCAGUAACACCUGUUCCAACAACAACACCAAUCCCAUCUAGUACAGUAACUACUGGAAUUACUCCAACUACAACAGAAACAGUUUCUACAACAGAAACGACCACAGUAACACCUGUUCCAACAACAACACCAAUCCCAUCUAGUACAGUAACUACUGGAAUUCCUCCAACUACAACAGCAACAGUUUCUACAACAGAAACGACCACAGUAACACCUGUUCCAACAACAACACCAAUCCCAUCUAGUACAGUAACUACUGGAAUUCCUCCAACUACAACAGCAACAGUUUCUACAACAGAAACGACCACAGUAACACCUGUUCCAACAACAACACCAAUCAUAUCUAGUACAGUAACUACUGGAAUUACUCCAACUACAACAGAAACGACCACAGUAACACCUGUUUCAACAACAACACCAAUCCCAUCUAGUACAGUAACUACUGGAAUUUCUCCAACUACAACUGAAACAGUUUCUACAACAGAAACGACCACAGUAACACCUGUUCCAACAACAACACCAAUCCCAUCUAGUACAGUGACUACUGGAAUUUCUCCAACUACAACAGAAACAGUUUCUACAACAGAAACGACCACAGUAACACCUGUUCCAACAACAACACCAAUCCCAUCUAGUACAGUAACUACUGGAAUUACUCCAACUACAACAGAAACAGUUUCUACAACAGAAACGACCACAGUAACACCUGUUCCAACAACAACACCAAUCCCAUCUAGUACAGUAACUACUGGAGUUCCUCCAACUACAACAGAAACGGUUUCUACAGCAGAAAACGACCACAGUAACACCUGUUCCAACAACAACACCAAUCCCAUCUAGUACAGUAACUACUGGAAUUACUCCAACUACAACAGAAACAGUUUCUACAACAGAAACGACCACAGUAA